AGCACGGCUCAUGCGCUCCGCCAUUAAUGACGGGCGAGAUCUUCCACUUCACAUCGGCCUAACCCCGAUUCUUUUCUCUCGCGUCUCGAGCGUAUCUUCUAGACUGGUCGGUUGCGGCUUGCGAGUUUGUCCGGUUCUUGAACGAAGACGGUCUCUGAGAUAUCGUCUCUCUCUCUGUCUCUUUCUUUUCUUUGCAUCAACUUCGCGGAGGAGGAGAAAUGGAGCGAUCGAAGGAGGAAUUCCUGAGACGAUUUGGGGAAGACUACGGCUACCCCAACGCACCCAAGAACAUCGAUGAGAUCCGCGCUUCCGAGUUCAAGAGGCUCCAGGGGCUUGUUUACCUAGACCAUGCGGGUGCCACGCUGUACUCCGAAGCUCAGAUGGAAGCUGUUGUUAAAGACCUCACCUCCAAUAUCUACGGAAAUCCUCAUAGCCUGAAUGAUUCCAGCAUGGCGACCUCUGACAUCAUUAGUGCAGCACGCCUGCAGGUCCUUAACUAUUUUAAUGCAUCUCCAAAGAACUACAUAUGCAUAUUUACUUCUGGGGCAACAGCAGCUCUGAAACUUGUCGGGGAAGGAUUUCCUUGGAGUAGAGAAAGCUGUUACAUGUACACCAUGGAAAAUCACAACAGUGUCCUUGGGAUCAGAGAAUAUGCCCUUGACAGGGGAGCAACUGCUCUUGCUGUUGAUAUUGAAAAUGUUAAACUUCAUGGUCUACGAGAUGGAACCAAUGAAUCUUCAGUUCGGAUCCUAAAACACUCAGUGCAGAGAAGAGCUGAAGCUAAAUUUCCACAAGAUGGUGUGAGAUGCACACUGUCAGAUAAUGCAUAUAAUUUGUUUGCAUUCCCCUCGGAGUGCAAUUUCUCUGGUCAGAAAUUUUGCCUUGACUUGGUUAAGGUUAUCAAGGAUGAUGCUCAAAAAUUUUUUGAAGGCUCACAAGUAGGACAAUGGAUGGUUUUAGUAGAUGCUGCAAAAGGAAGUGCAACUGACCCACCUGAUCUAGCUAGGUGUCCUGCUGAUUUUGUUGUCUUUUCUUUCUAUAAGAUAUUUGGCUAUCCAACUGGUCUUGGUGCUCUUGUUGUUCGAACUGAGGCAGCCAGGAUUCUGACCACAACCUAUUUUAGUGGAGGCACAGUAUCUGCUUCAAUUGCUGAUAUUGACUUCAUAAAAAGAAGGGAGCGCAUUGAACAAGUGCUCGAAGAUGGAACUCUAUCAUUUUUGGCGAUAGCUUCCAUUCGUCAUGGGUUCAACAUAAUUGAUACAUUGACUACAUCUGCUAUUUCUCGGUAUCAUCUUUGGACUUGGGUCCCACUAUCACAUUCAAUUUGAGAAGAGCAGAUGGCUCGUGGUAUGGAUAUCAUGAGGUGGAAACCUUGGCUUCUUUAUCGGGAAUCCAAUUGCGGACAGGUUGCUUCUGCAAUCCUGGUGCAUGUGCCAAAUAUCUUGGUUUAUCUCACUCUGAUCUUAUUUCCAACUAUGAGGCUGGCCAUGUUUGCUGGGAUGAUAAGGAUGUAUUAUGUGGAAAACCAACAGGUGCUGUUAGGAUAUCGUUUGGUUAUAUGUCAACAUUUGAAGAUGCAGAGAAAUUUUUGAGAUUUUUGGAAAUUUCUUUUGUAGAAAAGCAUAAGUCAUCCAAUGGUAAAUGUCACUUAUGCACUGAGGCAGUUCCUUUAUCAGGCAUUGGUUGGCAGCAGUUGGUAGGGAAUGUCCGACUGAAAUCCAUCACGAUUUACCCUGUAAAAUCCUGUGCAGGAUUCAGCGUGUCUGGUUGGCCACUAAGCAAUAUGGGCCUGAAAUAUGACCGAGAAUGGCUUCUCAAAGGACCAAGUGAUGAAAUUUUGACUCAAAAAAAGGUACCUGAAAUGUGCUAUAUCCGUACAUUUGUUGAUUUAGAGCAGGGAAAGUUGUUUCUAGAAUCACAACGCUGUAAAGAGAAGAUGCAAAUUUCUCUUGCAAAGAAUUCAUCUUGUGAAAUGGAGGAAAUGAAUGUCUAUGGUCAAAGAUAUGAAGUGAUGACCUAUGAUGAUGAGGUCAAUAUGUGGUUUACUGAAGCCAUUGCUCGUCCUUGUACCUUUGUGCGAUGUUUGAGUUCCAAGAAACGUUCUUGCAUGAACAUGGUUGGUAGAGAAGGCCUAUGCAGGGAUAGCAAGAGCAAAUUAACUUUUGUUAACGAAGCACAGAUCUUAUUAAUAUCGGAGGAUAGUGUUCAUGAUCUAAACAGCCGGUUAAACUCAAAUAUUCAGAAAGAUUGCUCUUGCUCUGGGCAGACAGUGCUUGUUGAUGCAAUGAGAUUCCGUCCCAAUAUCGUUAUUUCAGGAGCAAAGCCAUAUGUUGAAGACAGCUGGAGAAGCCUGCAAAUUGGAGAGGCACACUUUGUUUCAUUAGGUGGAUGCAACCGCUGUCAGAUGAUUAAUCUUGAUCAGCAAUCUGGACAAGUGAGAAAAUUGAAGGAACCUUUGGCGACAUUAGCAUCAUAUAGACGAGUGCAGGGGAAGAUUCUAUUCGGUGUUCUGUUAAGAUACGAGGACUGCAUUAUGGAGGAUGAGGAAGAAAAGAAUGGCAAGGAGAGAUGGCUUCAAGUGGACCAAGAGGUUUAUCCAUCUAUUGAUUAGUUGAGGAGAAAAGAAAAAAAUCUCAACCUGUAAUUUUCUUUCUUAACCUAAAGGGAUGUUAUACAUGAUCUGCCCUGACUUGCAGAUGAAGUGGCCGUUUCAGAUAGAAGUGUAGAUAAUAGAAGAUUUUGCUCAUAAUCCUUUUUUUCCCCCAAAAAUAGUCGAAAUGGAGUUUACAAACUGGUGAAUGUAAUAAGGAUGGUGAUCUGUAUUUUAUCUGUAUGCAUAUCUUCUUGUAUAUAUCAUGUGACAUCUCCCCUUGAUCUCUAAA